AUGAACGUGCAUCAAGCAUUGGAAGAAUUAAUGCUAUCACAAUGCGGUGUCUGCGCUAUUAUGGUAACAGAUCAUGACGGAGGAGUUGUUUUGACUGUUGGAGAGAUUCCGCGCCAUAAGAAUGGUACGAUUGCUGGUCAUUUGAAUUCGGUUUCGCAAGGUCGAAAAAUUUUGCUUGGAAAACUGGGUAUGGCGUAUUACUUGUUCGAAUCAUCGCAGUUGGUUGUGCAUACAAUCGGAAAAUAUUACUUCUUCAUUUAUGCAACAGAGAAUUCGUGCACUGGUGGUUUGAUAGAUAUGCGCGAGAAACUGCUUCCAGUGACGAAGACACUUCAAAAAGUCUGUCCUGCCAUUGACGUGAGAAUGCUGAAUCGAAAUUGGGGAGCGUUCCUCUUCAGACAAAUAAUAUUUAUACGUAACCUACGGCAUCAUUUUACCCGGUUUAGGACUAAAACAUUACAAUACUCUUCAAAUUAUGUUCGAAAUGAUCGAAAAAUCUUCUGGACUUUCGCCUCUGUAGCCGGAUUUUCAUUCCAAAAACAUGGAAUCAGCGAUGAACGGAUUAAAGAAUGCGAGGAUUGCGAAUAUGAAUUUAAGAAUUGCAAAAAACCAGAUUGUGGAUGGGAAUUGUUGUACGAAGAACCCGACAUGCUUGCUUUUCGAAGACGAAUUGAUGGACCUUAUGAAAUGUACGAAUACAAAUGUGUUGGAACUUAUCGCGAUAUUAGUCCUCGAACAUUUCUCGAUGCACAAAAUGAUAUCAAUUACCGAAAAGAAUGGGACGAAAACAUCCUAAGCAUAGAAGUUGUUCGAGAAGAAGAUGAGAACGAGCUCAUCCGUUGGGUCUCGAAGUUUCCUUAUCCAUUGUAUCCGCGAGAAUAUGUCUAUGUUCGACGCACUUGGGUUUCGGAUGAUGAAAAGUAUGCGGUGAUUGAUAGUGAAGCAGUUCCGCCAGAAGUUUUCGCCAGCACAUCAAAGUACAAUGUCCGUGUUAGUUCGUAUUCGUCAAGAAUGUCUAUUCGGGCUCACAAGGAUUGGGAAUCGCAUGGAGUUGACUACAUUCUGACCUACGCCGACAAUCCGGAAGCCAAUAUUCCACGAUACGUCUAUAAUUGGAUGGUUAACAAAGGAGGGCCCUACUUCUUGCGGCAAGUUCAUAAAGCCGCUCGAGAAAUAGAAGCAUCCGGACGACAAGUUCGAUCGGCUACAGAAAAGGCGGUAAUUGGUAAGAACCGAAGAUUGGAGGAGCGAAAACGAAUACUCGCUGAACGACAAAUAACCGAAAAUACAAUACGCGAGGAAAAUUCGAAAGAGGACAUCCGGGUUGAGACGGGUCAAGCCCAGGAAUACGAAUAA